UCUUCUCAAAGGGAACCUUCUUCCUUCUGCCCAGAUCUUGGUCACUUCAAGGCUAAAAGAUGCAGGUCUAACUCCUCCAGAACAUAUACAGAAGGUGGUUGAACUUCAUGGGUUUGAUGACUUGCAGUGGGAAGAGCAUAUCAGAAGUGAAUUGUAUGACCAAACCAUUGCAGUAAGAGCGACUGUUCACGUGAAAUCAUCCAGAACCCUGUACAUCAUGCGCUCCUUGCCAUUCUUCUGUCAGAUGGCUUCCACUGUUUUGGAAGAGCUUUUCAGUAACAGUUACAAUACAAAUCCUCCUCUCACCUUGACAGAGAUGUUCACACAUUUUCUCCUGAUUCAAAUGAAGAGACAUGUGGAAAAGUCUGCUAAAUCAAGCACUGAGGAGAUCCUGAAGUUGGGUGAGCUGGCUUGGCACAUGCUGGAAAAGGACACAUUGACCUUUAUGGAGAAGGACCAGAGAGAAACCAGUACUGAUCCUCUUCUUCCUGUCAAACUCUCUAAAGAUUGGCCCAUGUUUUUCAGAAAACAAAACCUGAUGGGUUUAGGGAAAAUGUACCGCUUCACACAUCCCUGCGUCCAAGAGUUCCUGGCAGCAUUGUAUGUCGCUGUACAUUAUGAAACCAGCAAGGGAAAUGUAAUGUCUUUUACACUUGCAGAAAAAGCACAAAAGUUGCUGAGUCCUACAGAAGUACCAAUUGAUAUGCAUAGAAGGGCAGUUGACAGAGCAUUAAGGAGCAAAACUGGCCAACUAGACAUCUUUCUUCUCUUUCUCUUGGGCAUCUCUGCAGGUCCAAGCAACAAGCUCCUGUCCUGCUUGUUCCAAAAUACAUCUCUUCAAGUAAGGACAGAGGAAGUAGUCAAAAAUAUUCUACAGAAAGUCAAGGCAAAGCCAUUAUUUGAGAUUUCAGUUAAUCUCUCUCGCUGUUUGGAGGAGCUUGACGUAGCCCUGCCUGUGGAUAACAAUCCAGGCCCGAUUAAAUUUCAAAUAGAUGACGAUGUGCACGUUACUCCUUCAGAGUGGUCAAAUAUAGCCACUACUCUGCUGACCUCUGAGGAUACAUCACUGAUAUUCGAUGUCAGGAAAUAUGCUAAUGUAGAUGAAGCCAUUAUGAGACUGCUGCCCGUCAUCAAGAUCUCCAGAGUCCUCAGACUGGAUAGGGUCACAAAUCUGAGCUGGGCACUGAUCGCGUCAACUCUGAGAUCACCAGCCAAUCGUAUCAGAGAGAUUGACAUUGAGAAAAAGGCCCUCAUUUAUUUAAACUUGGAACAAUUAUCCAUUGGUAUGAGAAGCCCUAAUUGCAAAGUGGAGAUACUCAGGACACCAUAUUUUAGUUAUCCUAAAGAUGCUAAUCCUUUGCUUACUGGGAUUUUAUUGAACCCGACACAUUUGAGAGAGCUGAAGCUGCUGAAUGCAUUCAGCACAAGUGACAGGACAGUGGAGGGCAUCUCUCAAAUCUUAAUGAACCCGGAUUGUCAUCUUGAGAAACUGACUUUACAAAAAAUGGAAAGCUUAGAGAGUUGUCAGAAACUGGCCUCGGCUCUCUGUAGCAGUUCUUGUCACCUGCAAGAGCUGGACUUGAGCAGAUGCUGUGAGAGAUCUGAAGAUCAGGCUUUAAAGCAUCUGUCGAAGGCAUUCAGGCACCCGAACUUCAAAGUAACGGUUCUGAGGUUGGAAUUCUAUUCUGUAGAGGAGGAAACAUUAUCAGCAUUAUUCUCUGCUUUUCAAAAGAACCCUUCACACCUGAGAGAGCUUGAACUAAGGGUGUUAAUGCCACUGAAUCAGAAUUUUCGGGAACUUUUCUCUUUGCUGGCGGAUCCUCGCUUCAGACUAGAGACACUGAGGAUACUUCACCCACGAUUACACACACCCGAUGAUAAUCAGCUGUCCUCUGAACCUUUACUCAGCUGUGCUGCUCUUCAUAGAUUGUGUUGGUCAUUAUGUAAAUGCAACUGCCGGGCCUUAGUUCAAUUACAGGCUGAUUCUCUUGAAACUCUGGCUUCAGCUCUUGGAUCUUGCAGCCUCAAAUCUCUGGAUCUCAGCAUGUGUGGCCUGACAGAUUCUUCUGUGGAAUUGCUCUCUGCUGGACUGAGCAACCCUGGCUGUAAACUGGAGAUACUCAGGAUGACACACUGCAGCAUCACAGAAGCAGGAGCUGCUUGUUUGGCGAGGGCUCUCUCUUCUAAUCCAUCUCACAUGCGGGAAAUAGACUUGAGCAUCAAUCCUGUUAAAGGCCCAGGAUUUGACCAGCUCAGAUCUGUUUUGAAAGAUCCAGCAACCCGAUUAGAGAAAUUAAUUGUGGACGGUCUAGAGGAGCAACGGGACUUGGAAACUCUCCGCCAAUAUGUGUGCCAGCUGACUUGGGAUCCCAACACCGCUUCUUCAAGUGUGCAGGUGUCAGAGGAAGAUGAGGCUCUUGUGGAAUAUCGCAGACACCCAGCAACUCUACCACAUCAUCCAGAAAGGUUCAUAGAUCAAUACCAAAUCAUGAGUCGGGAAGGUCUGAGCAGCCGUCAUUUCUUCCAGCUGGAGUGGUUUGGCAAGUCGGCCACUAUAGGAAUGGCCUAUAAAGACAUAAGCAGGAAGGGAAGUUUAGCAGCCUGUAGCAUUGGACUUAAUAAUAAAUCCUGGGGCAUUUUUGUUACCACCCCCUUACCCACAUGUAAUGCUCUUCAUGGAGGAGUAGAGAUGCGGCUUCCUGACUGCUCACCCUUUAGAGUCGGAGUCUAUCUGGACUGGGCGGCAGGAACUCUGUCUUUUUACAACACCACACGUGACAAGGCUGAACUCAUCCACACUUUCCAUGCCAAGUUCACUCAGCCUCUCUUUCUGCUGGUCAGUAUUAGUGCUGGAGUUAAGAUCUUACCGGACAUGCCUCCUCCUCUCUGUGUCCAUGACCAUGAUCCCUGGGAUAUGUUAAGGGGCUACAAGGACUGUAAGGGAUGUAACGGAUCAAAGGCUGGAUAGAUAAACCAAUGUGCUCUCCUUUCAUGAAAGAGCUGAUGAUAGUGUUUGUUUCCUUGUAUGUUGGAUCUAUAGACUUUAGAAAAGCAGAGGGGGCCCCUGUCUUACAAAACCUGAUCUUAAAGAAAAUGAACAUUCUGUCAUCAUUUACUCACCCUCAUGUUCAUUUUUGGGUGAAUUAUCCCAAAAUACUUUUGUGUUUUUCUGCAGCAUAUAGUCAGUCAUACAGGUUAAGAACAGUAUGAGAAAAUUGACAGAAUGUACUAAACUUUUUACUAGAUAAGUAACAUUAUUAUUAUUAUUAACUCCACCCUGCAUCAUAUUUGAUGAACGAAAUCCAAAACUUAUUUCUUACAAAUUUGGGGUUAAUUUUUUUAUUACAAAUAUUGUGCCUGUUUUGCUAGAGGAUGUCCCAUUUUAACAAAAGAUGAUGUGCAUUUUGUAGCAUUUUUGCAACAUUUGUAAGGUUGUCUUGUAUUAUCACUUAAUCAGCAGAAAAAAGACUGUC